UGGGUUCGAGGUUGCCAUAGGAACCAUGGUAGGGGUUAUCGUCCUCGCGGCCGUCAUCUACGGUCUCCUGGCCAGUGCGGAGCCCCUGCAGAUUGUAGUAGAGAAACCCCGCCCCAAAAUCAAACUCCCGAAGUUCCCCUUCCCGUCAAUCUCCGCGCCCAAAAUAAAGGUUCCGUUCCCUGAUUGGUUCAAGAAGAGGGAGGAGCCUGAGGGGGAGGCGAAGGAGGAUGCGGGAGAGACGGGCGCUCCGAUGUCGUGGUACAAGAAAGUUCUUGACGGCGUUCCAAAGCCGGACAUAAACUACCCGACUGUAGACUGGUUCCAACUGCCGACCCAGAAAGCGCUCUGUAGCUGUAUGCCGAAGAGAUAUCUGAUCGCGAUGCUGUCGUGUAUCGGGUUCCUGAUAGAGUACGGCGCCCGGACCAACAUGGGCGUGGCCGUGACGCAGAUGGUCAACAACGACACCGUCAUGGACCAGCUCUUCCAGCCGUCAGAGUUGGAGUGGACCAUGUUGAUUGUGGGGGUGAUCCAUGGUGCUUUCUUCCUGGGCUUCCUGCUGUCCAGACCUCUGGGAGGAUUUCUGGUUUCGCGGUACCCAGCAACAAUUGUUUUUGUACUGUCCAUCGCGGUCUCCUGCCUGGUGAACCUGUUCAUUCCUGUAGCCGCCACCGUGCAUUUCUCCAUCCUCGUAGCACUGAGAGUAAUUCAAGGCAUGAGUGAGGGCCUGACCAUCCCUGCCUCAUACGGUAUCUGGACCUUCUGGGCCCCGCCCACCGAGAGGAGCAAGCUCACGUCAAUCACCGUCACAGGUCAAUACAUAGGAAUAGUGAUAGGCAUGAUCGUGUCUGGAGUGGCUGUUCACGAAAUUGACUGGCGGGCACCCUUUUGGAUUUACGGUGGUGUCGGCCUGAUCUGGUCCGUCAUAUGGUACAGCAUGGUGUACGAGUCACCGGAAAUUGACAAGUACCUCGACCCCGAGGAGCUGAAGUUCAUCCAGGACAGCAUGACGUCACUUCCGGGGCUUAAACCACCCAGUGAACCUGACGCCAAGUCUGAAACCUCUGAGGCGCCAAGCGAAGCCAGCGAGUCCAAACCAAAAACCCCGCAGUCGCCCGCGUCAUCAGUCGGACCUGACCUUCCCACACAAGUCUCACCACAGAAGACCCCCUGGAGACACCUGCUGACGUCACUUCCGGUGUACGCCAUCUUGGUUUGUGACACCUGUGUGAAGUGGGUGGUGUACCUCAUGCUCCUUAACGCACCGAUGUACUACGUACAGUCAUUCAAGGUCAACGAACUGGAGGCCGGUGCGUUCGCGGGUCUCCACUUCUUCCUGCUGAUGUUCGGCCUGCCUCUGGUCGGGUCUCUGGCAGACUGGGUGUGGAGAACACAGUCCAUGUCCACCACCACCAUGAGGAAACUAUUCAACACCAUGGGUAUGUUCGUAGAAGGCGCUUUACUCCUAACCGUCGGCAUGACAGCCAACAUCUACGUGUCCACGAUCAGUCUGAGCAUCGCCUUGUUCUUCCAGUCCUUCCCCCUUUCAGCGGGAUAUAACGUGAACGCCUUGGACAUCGCGCCCCAGUUUGCCAGCUCCAUCAUGGGUCUGUCCGGUUCCCUGUCCACUGUGGUAGGCAUGGCCUGUCCCGUCGCCAUAGGAGCCAUCACUAUGCAAAAGACACAAGAAGAGUGGAACAUCGUGUUCAUCGUGUCGGCAGGACUGAUCCUGUGCGCCGGCCUCCUCUACCUCCUCUUCGGCUCGGGCGAAGUUCAGGACUGGGCGGACUUCGGGCCCCACCCGACCGUCUCCUCGGGCGAUCCCGUCCCGAAGGGGAACGAGAGCGGCCUGCCAAAUAUGAUCAUUCCGGAUCCGGAAACUCUCCUAGACCAGAGCGUGCACAGAGUUCAGAUGGACGACAAAGACCCAUAUAUGUACAAUCUCGGUGAAAGAGACUUUAGUUACUUGGAUGAUGACGAUUUUUAGCAACACUAUAGGCUGUACUUCAAGAUAAAACAUACUACUCAGUGAAAAAAGUAUUAUAUUUAUCCAAAAGUUACGACACCAAUUCUAAUUAGCUCUGUAUAUGGCGGCUAUGCACACGGAUGGCUUUGCAGCAACAGUAAAAAUAGAUAUGUAACUUUUGAAAUUUUCUUUUUGGUUUAUCUUAUUAGUGUAGUCUUGGUAUUGUGAUUUGGGAUAACUUGAUGGUGUGUCGGGAUGUGCAAUACGUGUUGAAUUAAUUCGGGAUUGUGUUGGGUGAACAUGCUUAAUCAGUUUUCAAUCUUAUCAUUAUAAAAUUAUCGCCAGUCUGUGUGUUGAUGAUUAUCGGUGAAUCAGGUGCCAUAUUUUUUGUUACAUUAUUUCAUAGAUAAACUCUUUUUUUUCAUUUAAAGUUAAUAAUAAAAGUAAGUUAAUGUUCAAGGUUUUAAGAUGUCUGAUGUCAAAAUAGUGAUAAGUGAUAAAAUAGAUUGUGAAAUACACGCAGAUAGCAAAGUUUUUUUUACGAUUACACAUUUUGCAGUGUGCUGUGAUUAUUGAUAAUAAUAUUAAUAUGCAGUCAAAAACUUGUAGUGUCUAACUAUGCAUGCAUCAAAACAUGCAGGCAUUCUUAUGAUCAAUCGGGAAAAUAACAGUGUACUUACUGUAUGAUUGUAUAGAAUCCUCUUUCAGCAGACAGAGUACACUUGUUUAGUGUGCAAUUUAAAAAAAAACUCGGCGGCCUAUCACCCAUAUGCUUCUAGAGAUAGGAUUACAUUAUGUCUUUCCUUAGAUGAUUGUCAAAGAGAAAUCGACCUGUUCACCUUCAAAUCAUUUUUUUAUUCUCACUUGUAACACGGAUAGGUUUCAUGCAUAGUGUCCUUUUUUUAGGAGUGUGGCAUGAUAUGUUUUAGAAAUCAACAUUUUAGUACAAAGUGCCAUGGUUGCUUGUAUUUUCGUGAUCUAUAU